CAGAAAGAACGCCGGGCGAGUCUUUGCCAGCACGCCCUUCACCAACAGGUCCAGGUUUAGUCGGACGCACGUGGGCGACGAUCGUUACAUUAUGGGUGAUAUUCAUUUACAUUUGCUGGAAAUAGCACGUCGUCUCAACCUGACUAUACGCAAUAAACAAUAUGUAAAUCGCUAUAACAAGUGGGAGGAAGACAAUUUUCCUCUUGGUUUCAGUUCAGAGGGGGAAGUGGGAUUUAUGCUUACUAACUUGGCGGCGGAGGAAUACGAUUUCCUAGCGGAACCUAUCAGGGCGCAUCCCGACUUCCGCCUUCCGUUCGACGUAAUCGCGAGCACGAGCCGCUUUACGGCGCGUGUUCGCGGGGUGGGGCGCCGGCGCCCGCUGCGGCGUGGUCGCUGCCGCUGCGGGCGGUGGGCCGCCGGCGCGUGGGCGCGCUGCUGGGCGCGGCGGCGGCGUACGCGCCUGGCGUGGCGGCGCCGGCGGGGCGGGUCGCUGGCGGCGGCCGCCGGCCAGCGCUGCGCGCCUUUGCUCGUGCAGAGGCCCGCGGCUGGAGGGCGUCUGCGACACGCCGCUGCGCGUGCAGGCGGCCGGCGCCAUGUUCGCGUGCGCAGUGGUCGCCGCCGGCGUGUAUCAGCAAAGGCUCAUGCAUGCUACUUGUCUACAUUGUAUGUUGUGAACCGCCCAUUUGCGGUGACGACUGCUGGGCGAUAUCUAAGUAUAGUGGCUGACUAUAUGUAUUUAGCUGUUAUUGAUAGCUAUCGACGUGAGUACCGUCUGAACCUCCCGACCUUGAAGCUAUCGACCUUAAGACAUCACUCCGGGAGCAAGAUAGGGCAACGGCUAAAGUGUAAUACAAUUUCAAAAAAUUUGGGCAAGUUCCUUGAACUCCUCAGUAGAGAGAAUAUAUUGCAAGAGAUCGGAGGCCAGUUAAACCAAACGAAGGGUCGUCUUGUGGCUUUGCUGACUGAUCCUGACCACCACUUUAAUAUUGACACUCUGGAGCAGCUAGCAGCCUCUGGGUUGCCCAUUUGUGAAUUCAGAAAUGCAUUUUCUUUAUUUAAAGACGUUAUAACUGCAAAAUCUGCAGACACGUUGGGAAGCCAAAGCAGAAAAAUAAAAAUGAAACCGGCAAAGUCGAUAAACUACCUAAACAACCUUCCUGAAUGCCAGUCUCAUGCAUUAAUUAUGGGGGAUAACGAUUGUCAUACUUUGGGAAAAGGAAGAUUUUUCCACUACCGCGUCCAUGUUCUUAAAGAGUAUUCUUCGACUCUUCUGUUCUGGCUUGCAAGA